CCGCAGCCAGGAGCGCCUAAACUUUCCCGAGGAGCGCACGCUGCAUGCCUGGACCUCUUCUACCCCACAGGGACCCCCAGCCCCCCCCCACCCCCUCACCACACGAGAUGUUGAUCGUGGCCGUGCGACUACAACAUCCUCUCGCCUCGCGCUCUCGCACGAGAUUCAACUAGAAGAGAGAAACGUUUCCUUCUUCUUCUCUUCCAGUUCCUCACAGUGGACGCGGACAACUCCGGGGCCACUGACCGCGCACGGUGCGCAGGUACAGCCUUGUCCAAACGGCGCGCUCCUGAACGGGGACUGGCCAAGAGGCGGCGCCGGGAUCUUUCUCCGUUUUUGCUGAAUGAUUUUUUUUUUUUUUUUUUUUUUUUGGUGAAGUUGGAAAGUGAUCGAUCUGUUGGAAUUGGUUUUGUUCAAUGACUCACAAGGUUGGAUCUGAAGUUGCACUCGGAGAUCUGUGACGACAAGAAAAAAGAGACCCUUUCCUUGCGUGCUACUGGAGGUUGGUCCGACCAUGCAGCUGGACGCUCUGUGGACGGUCCACGCCCUCCUGGCGCUGUCCGGCAUCACCCUUGGCAACCCGCUGAUCAAUGACCCGCUGGCCGCGCCUCGCGUCUUCAUCUCCUUCAAAGAGCUGAGAUCUACCGGCACCGCUCAUCACUUCGCCUACCUCCUCAACACGUCCGACUACCGUAUCCUGCGUAUGGACGAAGACCAUGACCGGAUGUAUGUUGGCAGCAAGGACCACAUCCUGUCCCUGGAUCUCCAUGACAUCAACAAGGAACCACAUAUCAUCCACUGGCCAGUGUCCGAGCGGAGAAGGAUGGAGUGCCUUGUGAGUGGGAAGGACGCCAAUGAGGAGUGUGCAAACUUUAUCCGUCUGGUCGAGCCAUGGAAUCGGACUCAGCUGUACGUCUGUGGGACAGGAGCUUACAACCCAGUCUGUACCUUUGUCAACCGUGGACGAAAACCUCAGGCGUCCAUGUAUCUACAGAUGGCCCAGGCCAGAGGAAGGGCCAGCCGCGCAGCUGAACCCAGCGCAGUGCACGAGACACUCGGACUAAAGGAAGAAAUCUUUCAUUUGGAGCCGGGAAAAGUGGAAUCUGGGAAGGGAAAGUGCUCCUACGACCCGAAGCUCAACAGCGCGUCGGCUUUGAUCAAUGGCGAACUGUACGCUGGCGUCUAUGUGGACUUUAUGGGAACCGACUCUGCCAUUUUUCGUACUUUGGGGACAAAGACUGCCAUGCGGACAGAUCAGUAUAACUCCAGAUGGCUGAAUGAUCCCACUUUCAUCCACGUGCACCUCAUCCCCGACAGCGCGGAGAGAAAUGACGACAAGCUGUACUUCUUCUUCCGGGAAAAGUCCUCGGAGAUGGGCCAGAGUCCUGUGACCCAGUCCCGUAUAGGACGCAUCUGCCUGAACGACGACGGGGGCCACUGCUGCCUGGUCAACAAGUGGAGCACCUUCCUGAAGGCCAGGCUCAUCUGCUCGGUGCCCGGGGCCGACGGCAUGGAGACGCACUUCGACGAGCUCCGUGAUGUUUACAUACAACCGACACAGGACAACAAAAACCCUGUGAUAUAUGGAGUCUUCUCUGUCUCUGGUUCUGUCUUCAAGGGCUCAGCAGUUUGUGUCUACUCCAUGGCCGACAUUCGCAUGGUCUUCAACGGACCCUUCGCCCACAAGGAGGGUCCCAAUUACCAAUGGGUGGCCUACACUGGGAAGAUCCCGUACCCUCGCCCUGGCACGUGCCCUGGAGGUACCUUCACCCCCAACAUGAAGUCCACUAAGGACUACCCAGAUGAAGUGAUUAACUUCAUGAGGAACCACCCGGCUAUGUACAAUGCCGUAUACCCGGUGCACAAGCGCCCCCUAGUGGUGCGGACCAACGUGGACUAUGAAUUCACCACCAUCACUGUGGACCAGGUGACAGCUGCGGAUGGCAACUAUGAGGUGCUCUUCUUAGGGACUGACAAGGGGACAGUUCAGAAGGUCAUUGUGCUGCCCAGGGACGAUCUGCAGACCGAGGAGCUGGUCCUGGAGGAGGUGGAGGUUUUCAAGGUCCCUACUCCAGUUACAACAAUGAAGAUCUCAUCCAAAAGGCAACAGCUGUAUGUGUCCUCGGCGGUGGGGCUGACCCAGCUGGCUCUCCACCGGUGUGACGUGUACGGCGAGGCCUGCGCCGACUGCUGCCUGGCCAGAGAUCCCUACUGUGCCUGGGACGGCAAGUCCUGCUCCCGUUACUCCGCUUCGCAGAAGAGGUCUGACCCCUUUAGACGAAGCCGGAGGCAGGACGUCAAGUACGGGAACCCCAUCCGCCAGUGCCGCGGCUUCAACUCCAACACCAAUAAGAACACCCUGGAGAUGGUGCAGUACGGGGUGGAGGGAAGCAGCACCUUCCUGGAGUGUCAGGCCCGCUCUCCGCAGGCUGUCAUCAAGUGGCAUCUGCAGAGAGACAACAGCGACCGCAAGAAGGAGAUGCGUUCUGACGGUCGGAUUUUCAAGACGGAGCAGGGUCUGCUCCUGCGGUCCCUGCAGCCCUCCGACUCCGGCAUGUACCAGUGCAUUGCCACGGAGAAGAACUUCAAGUACACGCUGGUGAAGCUGCAGCUGGUGGUGUUGUCGAGCCGGGCCGUCAACAGCGUGCUGGUGGAGGGCGGGGGAGGGCUGGUGCCGUCCUCUCUCCACUCCAGCAGCACCCAGUGGACCCCCAGUGCGGGCCAGUACAAGGACCUGUUGACCAUCCUGAGCCAGCCAGAGAUGAGCCUGAUCAAUCAGUACUGCCAGGACUACUGGCAGUUUGGAGACCCGCUGCUGGGCGCCCUCAAGGCUAAAGACCUGAAGGAGCUCAAGGAGCACAAGAAGCCCCGCAACCGCCGGCAUCAUGGGGAGGGGGAGGAGAAUGAGGAACAGGAGGAGGUAGAGACAUGAGGAGCCUAGCUUUGUGUCUGGAGAAAACCCCAAAUAGCCCCCCGCCCCCACCCCCCCAAACCCUGUGAAAACUGGGAGAGACUCAUUGAGAAUAGCUACAUGAAAGAAAAAAAAGUCCACAAACCAGGAUAAAAAAAAGUCCGCAAACGGGAAAAAAAAGAGGCUCACAAACAAAACCCCACAUACAUCCUCUCAAACAGUAAGAUAUAUGAUACACAGUAUUUAUUGUAGGUUGUAUAUAGUAUCAUUCUGUGGAUUUCUUUGUACUUAUAGAAGAAAAAAAAACAUGCUCUUUGUGUAUAGGUACCUUUGGGGGCAAACAUUAUUGUUAUUAUUGAUGUUGUUAAUUUUAUUGUUGCUGUUACUGUCAUUACAAGACUCAUCUGUCAGCAUCACGUGACCUUUGGCGACUGUUUGGAAUGUGUUAUCGGACAUGCAAGCUCGUCGGGGGGAGAACUAUGAGACGCUUGCCCUGGCGGGGAAAUGAAUUGUUGAUAAAGGGUUGAUGGGAUCUCCUUUGUUUCUUGCUUGCUUUGACGCAAUGCCAGGACCCUUUUAUUACUGGACACACCAGGAAUGCUGGUAAUGCAGCCUCCUUGUGGCUGCUUGCAGACAGAGACUCGAUAUUGCAAGGGGACCAUCGACACAUGGUCCCAGUUAUUGUGGGGAAACGGUACUUUCUCCAUAGGCACCUACAGUAUGUUGUAAUUGGGCCUUUUAAUAGAUAUAUUUUUAAACUGGUGCUUGCCCUUUGUUUUUUGUUUUUAAUCUCUAUUUCUUUCCUGAUUGGAGGAUUUAUUGUAAAACGAUGCAGCAUCGUCGCUACUUGUCAGACUAGAUCCUAAUUCUGUUUAGGGAGAUUUACGUUUUCUAUACAAAAGAAUGGCGAGGUGUUCACUUGUAUUGUACUCUGAGUAACCCGUAGUUGCUUCUGGCCAUGAACAAAUGGUGCGCGUUAACAAAUGAAACACAUACAAAAAAAAAAAAGGAUCAGAUCAGCUUUAUAAUGAUAUCUAUUAUUACAAUGGUUAGCAUUGGAAUGGCAGUUAAUGGUAGGGUUCUUUUUUAAAAUGCAAACGAGGUGCAGUAAAAGGUCAAGGUUUUGCACAAAGGGCAUUAUUAUUUUACUUUCAAGGGACUUUGGCUGGGGCCAAAUGCAACAGAGCACACUCGGCAAGGUGUGGUUGACUGUAACUAAAACAGGUCCAGUUUCAGAGGGAAGAGGUGCUCCGAUCAGGCAGCAGCUGUAAGCACACGAGACAUCUUUUGUUCUUUCUUCCUUUGACAUUCAUGUGUGGGGGGAAAAAAAAAAAAAAGAUUUGCCCAUAUACACAACAGAGCAUUGUAACAAUGUUGUGACACUAACCAAAAUAUUGGGAAGCUGGCUUUCAUUGUGUGCAUGAACCUGUAUUUGUACUGUAAUUCUGAUAAGAUACUGUGUGGUUGUCUAUUUUUUUUUUUGUUCUUUGUUUCUAGGGGUGUACAGUAUGGACGGAGGACGGCUCUCAGUACUGCAAAAGGGGGAAAACAAAUGCUUUAAAAACCCUCUUGUUCCAAAUAUACUCCUGUUUAGAGCAUAAUGCAUUUUUUUCCCCACUGGCAUAAAUUUAGUUAUGUUAAAGUGCAAAGUGCAAUUAUCUUGCUAUUGUGUAUUGAGAGCAAGUAAUAGCAUACUUUGAAAUAAAUGCAAACAAGUGGCAUAUGAAUGUCAUAGAGUUGAGGCAUGUUGAAAUUUAUGAGAGUUGUUAUUAAGAAGUAUGCAACGGUUCUAUUGACUCCAAUUUUUACAAUCGCCACUUAGUACACUGCUCUAUUAAAAUUAUUAGUACAGCAGUUACCCAAAAUAAUAAAUGAAAGGAGUUUUCAUGUAUAAGAAAAUACAACUGAGGAAAAAUUAUCUGGAACAAGAGAAAUUUUGUAUCAUUCUGAUAUUAAAUGGCUUUUAAUACGCAUUGACUAGCUUCUAUUCAGGCCUUGUGACAGUCGGCAUGAAUGCCUAUUGGAAGAUGCAUUAAUAAUUCAUACAAGGGUUUUUGUAUGUCCUCCUCAAAUUGGAAUUUGUCUGCAUUCCCGGAAUCAAUCGCAGCUCUCGAGCGUCUCUACCAAAUGAGACCAUGGUUUCCACAGCAAAAAAAAGAGAGAAAAUAGGCAAAGUGGGGUUGUACAAUUUGUUGGUAUUUUUAAGAUUGUGUCUUUAGUUUUUGAGUGUUUGUUUUGUAUUUUUUUGCAUCGUCAGACUUUAUGAAAAAAAGAAAAAAACGCUAAAUGCACAGAGGUGAUGUUAUUGUAAUGACUUGUGUAAAUUACUUUAUCUUCCCUUUCCAUUGUUGUUGCUGCCUAAUAAAUUAAAGCUCUAUAUUUUAUAAGAAUGGAAUGCUCCCCCCCUUCAUUGUGAUUGGCCUUAUAUUGAAUGUUUUUCCAUGUUCUGCCCAGAAACCUCUGGAUCCUUGGAAUAAAGUUAUACCUGUUAAAGAGA